AUGGCGACAGAGAUCGGGGCAGCGGUCAGACAGCACGACGGCACGAUAGCAGAGGUCAGAGAGCAUGGUGGCAAAAGGUCAGCAGACAGCACGUCGGCAGCGGUCAGAAAGCACGGCCGCACAUGCAGAGGUAAGACUGCGGCGGCAGAGGUUCGAGGUCAGUCAGCGUGGCGGCAGAGAUCAGCAGCAAUGCGGGAGUGGUUAGACAGCACGGCGGCAGGGGUCAGACAGCAUGGCGGCAGAGGUCAGACAGCAAGGCGGCAGAGGUCAGACAGCAUGGCGGCAGAGGUCAACAGCACGGCACUUCUGUGA